UCCUUUUUCUUUUCAAAAGAAUCUUCUGUUUGAUUUAAAAACACUUUGGCUCUACUUCCCGCCACACUAUUGUACUAUAUGAAAGUUACAUCCACUACCACUACCAGACUUUACUAAUAUAUUGUCACAUUUGUCCCCUCAUAUGGAUUAUUGUACAUAUUAAUAGACAACCACUAUACAUAAUGUCACAACCACGUCCGAAAAGGAAAGCCACCAUAAACAAAUCAUACAACGACGCCAUAGAAUCAUCACAUGACUUUGACCUUUCAGCCAGUUCUUCGGUCUCAAGCAUAAAUUCAACUACUACUACGUCCACCAGAAGGAGAAAUUUGAAAAGAUCAAGUCCACAAACGGAAAAUGGCAACAAUUCUCAUGGCACACCCACCCCUAGCAAACACGCGCCCACCAAAUCCAUCAUUCCCUAUAAUUGGCAACCACCGCCCCAUUCCAACGACGCAUUUUCUCAUAGGCUAGAUUUAACUGAUGCUUAUAUAGACCUUGAUUUGCAGACGUUGUAUUGUCCCAACCAAUUCAAGGAUUCGGAAGAUGGCAACUCUAGGAAGAAGAAACUGAAGCAAAUCUUCACCUUGUCUAAAGGACAGUACAUUUACAUGAUUAGUGAACCGCCUGGUGAACCAUACUAUAUAGGAAGAAUCAUGGGAUUCAAAAGAAAGAAGGUUGAUACGGGGAAUCACGAAGCUGCUACCAAUGGGAACCUGGUUGAAUCAGGCAUUGUCCCUGCUCAAGAUUUUGCAUUCCAAAUUCAAUGGUUUUACAGACCAAGGGAUAUUUCAAAACUCACGUCCGAUUCCCGAUUAUUGUUUGCUUCCAUGCAUACGGAUUCGUGCCCAUUACCUAGUUUUAGAGGAUUAGUCACAGUGAAACACAAACAAGAUAUUGAAGAUGAAUAUUUGGAAAGUAUGAAUGGGAAAAAGAAUUCCCGUAAUACCAAGUCGGCAUCUCCUUCAUCCAUGACCAGUUUGGAACUCUAUACACAAGAACCAAAUUGCUUUUAUUUCGACAAAUUAUUUGACAGAUAUAUGAUUAAAUUUUAUGAUGUUCUUCUGACAAACAACCUCCUCCAAUACGCCAACACCGACACAAAAUGCGGAAACUACCUCCAGGCAUUAAAUAAACGAUUUGAAUUCAUAUUUGUUGAAACUCAACGAACAAAAUCUUUAAUCAACACAUUCAGUUCCACUUCACGAAAUUGUGAAGUGUGUGGACAAUGGUGCGGAUCCUCCCAGGACUCCAUCAGUUGUGUCGAGUGUGAAAACUACUACCAUAUGUUAUGUUUAGACCCUCCAUUAUUGAAGAAACCAAGUAGAGGGUUUUCCUGGUCUUGUGCGGCAUGUACCAAGAAGCACGAGAUUGAGUAUCACAGCAAGAAAAUGUUGAUGUUAUCCCAUGACAAUAAGUCAUCUAAUGAGAGCCAAUUGACGCAUGAGUUGAAUGCAUUGAGUUCGGUGGAUGCAGAUAACAUGUCAGUAUCAGCAAAUGUCAGCUCCCAGGAAGAUGAAGAACAGACAAGACCUAUAUCCACGACACCAUCAUUAUCCACGCCGCUGCUACCAAAAUACGAAACCAUGGCAAUUGAUUUCUUGCACAAGGACAGAAAUAACACGAUUGAACAACGAAGACUAAAGGAGGAAUGGUGUAUGAGGUAUCUUGGUAUGUAUGCCAGAUUAGAAGACGGAGUAGAUCUCGAUGACAGAUCGCCGUACCCACGAGCAUCCACGCGACUCGGAUCAAAACACCAAGCGACAAAUAUCCCUGAAUGUGAUGAAGACCAUCCUAUCGUGUACUACGACGUCGAGAGAACACCACCAAAAAAGAAACCAGGUCCCCCAGCGAAGAAUAAGAAGAAUAUGGCCAAGCACAAUGUUGACGAAUUGGAGCUUAAGAAAUUGGAGAUCCCGGCUGAAUAUGCCGAUGUUGAUCCCCGAGAUUACCCUUCAUGGUUACAACCACGACCUAAGGGGUAUAUUGAACGUGGUAUCGAUGAUGGUGAAGGUGAGACUUGCACUUUAUUGUGGAAGAGUUCCCAAGAGGAUGUCGAUGAUGAUUUCGUCAAGUUGGAUGCCUAUGUUGAGAAAUGUAAUCCGAUAGCUGAAGGUCUUGAUUUAUCACCCAACUCGCCUAAUUUCGUUGAUGCAAUUUUGUUGCUCUAUAUGAAAUAUAAUGGAGAUUCAGAAAAGGCAUUUGAAGAGGCCAAGAAGUUGAACAAAAAGACAUUAAAAGAGCCAGUGUUCACCAAGGAAGAAAUAAAGAAGUUUGAAGCCGGGGUGAAAUUAUUUGGAAGCGAAUUACAUCCUGUUUACAAAAAAAAUCAAAUUGUCGCUUUAUGUUACCGAUGCGCACGAUUAUGGAGACGGUAUGCAGUUGUAUGGGAGGAUCCAUUGGAAAUACAGAGAAAGACGAGCAAGUCAACUGGAUGGAAGAAGAAAGUUGAAUGGGAGUUGUUACGUGAUGCCAAUGCAAUUAUCGAUCAUGCCGAGACGAACAAUUCCAGUCUUGCAUAUGAUGGAUUCGAACAGGAGGAGACUACUGUACAAGCUGCCAAGGUUGAGAAACCAAAGAGUGAAUCGCCCAAAAAGAAGCGUCUGUUUUCGCCUGCUGUGGCUAAUGCUAAUAAUAAAGUUAAACGACAAGCAAAGGCUGUAGUUAAAGUGAAGACCGAAGAGAUUGCUCCUAUAAUCCCUGAAAACAAGAGGAAAUUACCCGAAGCAGUUAUCAAGCCUGAAGAUAUCAAGAAACAAAAGAAACAAUUGUCAUUAGCUGAUAGUAUAUUCAAUCCUGUUUUCAAUCCCAGUUACAAAUUACCACCCAUUGAUUUCAAGGACAAGAAAUCUCAUCCAACGUUAACGCACGAACUCAUACAAGAAAUUGUCCAAGAUUUCCGAAAGAAGCAACUUGUUGAUUUAACUUCAUUAUUACACAAUCUUCAAAUCCCCUCGUUUGCAUCAAUAGUUCCCCCAUUUGAGCCGCAAGAUAGGAAAUGCUGCGUAUGUCGAGAACACGAUACUUUAAAGCUGUCGCUUUUAGAAAUGUUGAUUUGUUCAAGUUGUGGAGUAAACGUUCACAGUUCAUGUGCUGGUGUUUCCAUUCCGGAAAAUGUUCCACGUCCAGUCAGGGAGUGGCUUUGUGAUAGGUGCAUUAACGAUUUAAGACCGGUUCACAGCACGGUUUAUUCGUGUGCUUUGUGUCUUGCUAAUGAAUCAAACUAUGAGUUAUCAUUGAUGGGAUCGCCUUAUGUGAGACCAGAUUAUUUGAAGUCGACGGAUACCGGGAAAUGGUGUCAUUUGCUAUGUGCGGUUUUCAACCAUGACCUUGUUCUGUUUAGGCAAGUUGCAGCACCACAAGUCAAGGCCGGUUCCGAUUCAAAGAGUGUGGUCGAGGGCGUGAAUAGUUUGAUUUCAGUCGAGAAUAUCUCCCGGGUAUAUCUUGAGAAUCACAAGACCCAAUGUGGAAUAUGUAAUACGAGAAAUGGGUCCAUGAUCAAAUGUGAUUUAUGCCCUGAUGAAGUCAAGUACCACAUUACAUGUGCCCAAGAUUCACCAAAUUUCAAGCUAGGCUUCAAACUAGCUAGUAAGUCGUUAUCGGAGAGAGAUGUUCAAUUAGUCACUGCUGAAGGCAAGGUUGGGAAGUUGCAACCAAUUCUUAUCUGUCCGAGACAUGAUCAAUCUAAAUCGACGAUAUUGAAUAUGAGGACACUAGGAAGGAGGGUUCACGGCAAGGACGAAUUGAAACCCUUGAUGCAAAUGUUUUUGGAGGAUAUCGUGAGAGUGAAUAGUAAUCGACAAUACGGACCUAAUUCACGCUCAUUAAACUACAUCACCAAUUUCCAAAUGUAUCACAAUCAUGAAUUUAAGGAUAGCCAUGAAGUUGCCGAUGACCUACACCACACCUGUGUUGAUUGUAAAACCAUGACUUCGCCAAUCUGGUGGCCCACGGAAGGCAACGUUAAAUGCCAAUCAUGCCAUCACAAGACAGAAGUAGCACAAGAAGAAGGACCUAGACUCGUUGAAGUUUUGUCACGACCAUUAAAUGGAGAGAAUUACGGAAUAGUGGACCAGUACGAUAAGGUUUCCGUGAUUUACCAGCCGGAAAUACCUGAAGAGAAACCAGUUCCUAAAAUGAUGCACCCAGUUGAAAGUGUUAGAUCGAAGAUAUCAUUGGGUGAUAUUUUAAGUUAGAACUUGUUUUAUGUAUUAUAAAAAAGGACAUUUAUUUUUAGUUAUAGAAAAAUAGAAUAUCUGUAUUCGCAA